CCGGCCUGCCCAGGUGGGGCCAGUGACGCAGGUGGUGCGGGCAGGUGCAGCAAGCAGGUGCCCAGGCGCGCCCCGCCUCCGCCCGUCCCAGCGGCCCCUACCUGCCCAGGCCUCGCAACUGGAGUGGUCCCGGGCCCUACCAGCCCGCCGUGCGCCCACCUGGCCGGAGCUGGAGCGCGACGCCCCUCCCGCCGGGCCGCACAGGAAGUGGGGGAGGGCGGAACCAGGAGGACAGCGCGGCGGGAGGACUGUGAGCCCGGCUGGACACUGGACCCGCAGCGCCUUGGCCGGUUGCGCGCGUUACUCCGCUCCUCGGUCCCGCGGCGCGGGACCCUGCAACUAUCCAGAUGUCCCAGCGGCACUCCGACAGCUCCCUGGAGGAGAAGCUCCUGGAAUACCGCUUCCACUCAGAGCUGCAGCUCGAUGCCAAUGGGAACCCAGCGCCUGGGCUCCCGGUGGUCCGGACCUCCCUGCAGGCCAGGGUCAAUGCAGCUUUCCAGCCUGAGGCCCCGGUGGAAGAGGAGCCGCGGCCUGUUGUCCUGAGCACACAGAGCCCUGCAGCCCUCAAGAUGGGCACUCAGCAGCUGAUCCCCAGGGGCCUGGCUGUGGCCAGCAAGGCAAAGACCCCACUCCGGCACCAGAGCUUUGGAGCGGCCGUGCUCAGCAAGGAGGCUGCCCGACGGAGCCCCCAGCUUCCCUCGACCCCCAGCUUCUCGAGGGACGACAUGGACAUGGACAUGGGCCCUGGGGGUUUGCUGAGGCGAAACCUGCGGAACCAGUCCUACAGGGCAGCCAUGAGGGACCCGGGGAUGCCAGGUGGUCAGGGAGACCCCAUCCAGCUCAGCCCCAAGCUCCAGGCUCUGGCAGAGGAGCCCCGCCAGCCACCUGCUCGGAGUCCAGCCAAAAAUAAGAAGACACUGGGGCGGAAACGUGCACACAAGGGCUCCUUCAAGGAUGACCCCCAGCUCUACCAGGAGAUCCGAGAGCGGGGCCUGAACACCAGCCACGAGUCAGACGACGAUUUGCUUGAUGACUCCUCCAGCCCUGACAGAGCCCGGAAGGUGGACACCAUCGUGGUCAAGAACUACCGGCCUGCCCAGAUCACCUGGAGCCAGCUGCCAGAGGUGUUGGAGUCAGGCAUCCUGGACAAGCUGCCCCCUGAGGAGCGCAAGAGGCAGGAGGCCAUCUUCGAGAUCCUCACGUCUGAGUUCUCCUACCAGCACAGCCUGAGCAUCCUGGUGGCCGAGUUCCUGGAGUCCAGGGCCCUGCGGUCAACCAUGACACAGAUGGAGCACCACCACCUCUUCUCCAACAUCCUGGAUGUCCUGGGCGCCAGCCAGAAGUUCUUUGAGGACCUGGAACAGCGGCACAAAGCACAGCUGUGUGUGGAGGACAUCAGCGACAUCCUGGAGGAGCACGCCGAGAAGCACUUCCACCCCUAUAUCGCCUACUGCUCCAACGAGGUCUACCAGCAGCGCACCCUGCAGAAGCUGACAAGCAGCAACACCAACUUCCGCGACACCCUGAGGGAGAUCGAGAAGCGGCCUGCGUGCGGGGGCCUGCCCAUGAUUUCUUUCCUGAUCCUCCCCAUGCAGAGGGUGACUCGGCUGCCCCUCCUUACCGACACGCUGUGCCUCAAGACCCAGGGCCACCCCGAGAAGUAUAAGGCUGCCAGCCGUGCACUGAAGGCUAUCAGCAAGCUGGUGAAGCAGUGCAACGAGGGGGCCCACAAGAUGGAGCGCACGGAGCAGAUGUACACGCUGCACACGCAGCUGGACUUCAGCAAGGUCAAGUCCCUCCCGCUGAUCUCUGCCUCCCGCUGGCUGCUGAAGCGAGGGGAGCUCUUCUUGGUGGAGGAGGCCGGGCUUUUUAGAAAAAUCGCCAGCCGGCCAACAUGCUACCUGUUCCUAUUCAAUGACUUCCUGGUUGUGACCAAGAAGAAGAGCGAGGACAGCUACAUGGUCCAGGAUUAUGCUCAAAUAGACCAAGUCCAGGUCAAGAAGAUGGAACCUUCAGAGCUCCCUCUGCCAGGGGGUGGCAACCGCAGUUCCUCUAUUCCCCACCCCUUCCAAGUGACCCUGCUGCGCAAUAGCGAGGGCCGUCAGGAGCAGAUCCUGCUCUCCUCGGACUCUGCGAGUGACCGGGCCCGGUGGAUCACAGCGCUCACAUAUAGGGAGAGGCAGGAGCAGGACCCCACCAACAAAGGAGCCCUGCCCCAGGUGGAGAUCAUCAAGGCCUACUUCGCCAAGCAGGCGGACGAGCUCACGCUGCAGCAGGCGGACGUGGUCCUGAUCCGACAGCAGGAGGAUGGGUGGUUCCAUGGCGAGAGGCUGCGAGAUGGAGAGGCAGGCUGGUUCCCCGGGGCCUUUGCCCGCUGCAUCACCAGCCGGGUGGCC